AAGUUGAAGGUUUACAAUUUGGGAAAGUAACAGCAUAUUCCUGAGUAAUUUAAAAAAUCCCAAUUUUGCCAAUAUUGAACUCAGGCUUGACUCGUUUUCGGCCGAAAUUUUCCGAUAAAAUUUCACUAAAUCCACCAUAACCUAGUACAUCUUAGAUCAAUCUGCAAACGGAUCCAAAGCACACAAUAUCUAUGUGCUCUCUCUCUCUCUCUCUCUGUGUGAUCAGCUCCUCCUUCUCCAUCUAUAUGUGUAUAUAUAUAUGCAGUCUAUUAGAUACCCAGAUCCCUCAUAAGCUGUUUUGAAAGCUUAAAUCUGUAUGAUUCAAUGGUGUUUUCUCUCUCCAGAGGAAAGAUUUCUUUUUCGUAGGAUUGGAGCUAAUAGCUGCAAGGGAGUAGUACAAAUUCACACUUUUAAGUUUCUAGCUUUGUUAUUUUGCAAAAUCAAUAAUUGGGUACAGAAAUCUCUGUUUUUGGCUUUCUUUGAUUGGUUUUAAGCAGAGCAGGAUAAGAGAAAUCCAGAAUUGGGAAUUUUGUUUGCCUCUGUGUUAGGAUUAGGGGCUAGAUUUUGGUUUUAGGGAUUUGGGCUGAUUCACAAUGGCAUCUUAUAGGCAACUUCCUCCGCAAUCCGCAUUCCAACAACAGCAGCAGCAACAGCAACAGCAGAGACCUAAUCAGUAUACUCAAAACAACACUCAAAUGGCGCCAGCAGCAGCAGCUUCUUCCUCUAAAUUCCCCCCAAACUAUCCCCAAAUUCCUAUCCAGCAGAAUUUCUCACAACAUUAUCCUCCUCCGCGUGCCCAACACUCUGCCGCUCCCCCACCACCUCACCAACAAUAUCCUUAUGCACCACCCCCACCACCAGAAUCAUCAUACCCACCUCCACCUCCUCCACCAGCACCAGCCCAACAGCAACCACCUCCUAUGUACUACCCACCAUCACAAUAUUCUCAGUAUGAUCAUCAGCCAUUGCAGCAGCCAAUGCAGCCACCUCCGCCCCCACCCCCUUCUUCUCCUCCUCCUAGCUCUUCAAUACCACCCCCACCACCCCCCAGCUCCCCACCCCCACCUCCUCCUAAGGACAGCGGCACAGAAAGAGGUAAGGUAGUGCCUGAGGAAAGGCGAGAACAUAGGCAUUCAAGUCAUAGUGAUGUAGCCAAACAAAAGCUGCAGAAGCCACCAGCGCCACGUGGCGGGAAGGAGGUGAAUGGGCCAUCAGGGAGGGUGGAGACAGAGGAGGAGAGGAGGUUGAGGAAAAAGAGGGAGUUUGAGAAGCAAAGGCAAGAGGAUAAGCAUAGGCAACAGUUGAAAGAAUCUCAGAACACAAUUCUGCAAAAGACCCAAAUGUUUACUUCUCAGAAGGGGCAUGGUUCCAUUGUUGGGUCACGAAUGGGGGAUAGGAGGGCCACUCCACUACUGGGUGGGGAGAGGAUUGAGAAUAGGUUGAAGAAGCCAACAACGUUCUUAUGCAAAUUGAAGUUCCGGAAUGAACUUCCUGAUCCAAGUGCACAACCAAAGCUCAUGACUUUGAAGAGAGAUAAAGAUCGUUUUACAAAAUACACAAUCACAUCAUUGGAGAAGACGUAUAAACCCCAACUUUUUGUUGAGCCAGAUGUUGGGAUACCGCUUGACCUGCUUGAUCUCAGUGUAUACAAUGCUUCUAGUGUUAGACCACCUCUUGCUCAAGAAGAUGAGGAAUUAUUGCGUGAUGAUGAAUCGGUUACCCCUGUAAAAAGAGAUGGAAUAAGAAGAAAAGAACGGCCCACUGAUAAAGGUGUUUCUUGGCUGGUCAAAACGCAAUACAUAUCUUCUUUAAGUAUGGAAUCAGCCAAACAGUCUCUUACUGAAAAACAAGCAAAAGAAUUGCGAGAAAUGAAAGUAGGCCGUAACCUUUUGGAGAACCUCAAUAACAGGGAGAGUCAAAUCAAGGAAAUUCAAGCGUCAUUUGAAGCAAGCAAGUUACCUCCUGUUCAUGCAACCAAUAAAAAUUUAAAGCCUGUUGAGGUUCUACCAUUGCUACCUGAUUUUGACAGGUAUGAAGAUAAAUUUGUCUCUGUAACAUUUGAUAAUGCUCCUACAGCUGAUUCAGAAUUCUACAGCAAGUUGGAUCAAUCUGUUCGUGAUGCCUGUGAAUCAUGGGCUGUUAUGAAAGCUUGUGUGGCAACAGGCUCAGAUCCAGCUAAACAAGAAAAGUUUUUAGCAUACAUGGCCCCUAAUCCUAAUGAGCUGUCAAAGGAUAUCUAUGACGAAAAUGAGGAUAUCUCAUAUAACUGGGUUCGUGAGUACAACUGGGAUGUGCGAGGUGAUGAUGCUAAUGACCCAACAACAUUCCUUGUUUCAUUUGAUGAACAUGCGGCUCGCUAUGUGCCUCUUCCCACAAAGAUUAAUUUAAGAAAGAAGCGAGCCAGCGAGGGAAGAUCUGCUGAUGAGGUAGAGCAUAUUCCAGCACCAUCAAGAGUAACAGUGAGGAAGAGGCCAACUGCUGCUGCAAUAGAAAUCAGGGAUACAGUGAUUAAUUCAAAUUCAAAUUCAAGGGGUAAUAUCCUGAAUUCGAGGAUGGGAAUGUUAGACGACGAUGAUGGCCUUGGAAGAAUGCAUAGAGUUGUUAGAGACCAGGAUAUUGACCAUUCGAGUGGUGCUGAAGAUGACAUGUCUGAAUGAUUGGUCCUAAUGCAAAUGCUGCAACUAGAACAAAGCAUUCGGAAGUUUACAGACGGUGUGGCAGGUGACUUGUAGGAAGUUAUUUAUCGGGAUGUUGUUGUGAAAUAAAAAGAGGUAGAAAUAUUAUCCCCCGUGUACAUGCCAACCAUCCGACAUAAAUUUUCAGGAUGUAUCCGGUUUUAGUAGAUACAAGUUUUUUCAAUACCAUAAAAGGCAGAAAGAAUGAAUGGUGUAAAGGAAAAAAAAAAAUGAAUACAUCAAAGCGUCAACGGUUUGAUGUCAUGUAAACAUCUUAAUAUAUAAAACAGUUGAGAUAUUUGUUUC